AGUUAAGAAGUUGUCAAAUUUAUCUCUGUAUUGCGAUAGAGUGUUACAAAUUUAACGUUAUUGAUUAUUAAUCUAAUGUUUGGUAUUUUUGAUAGUAAAUUAAUAUAAUGUCACGCUCUAUUUUUCAAGUUUUUGAUCAGUAUCAAAGAGCACGAUUGCUUUUUGUACAAUCUGUCGCAAAUUUGUCUUUAAAAUCCAACAAUAUUGAUUGCUUGGAAGCAGCAGGUGUCAUAGAACUGUUAAGCCCUUUAUUAGCAGACAUUGUACCAUCCAUUCAACAUACGGCAGCAAUUGUUUUAGGCAAGCUGGCAAAUCAUAAUAUAAAACUAGCACAAGCUAUUAUCAAAAGAAAUAUAUUGUCACAGUUGCUGAAAAAUAUAGAUAAACAAAAUGUAUGAGUUCCUGGAAUAAAUUUUACAAGAAAGCAGCACUCUUUGUUUUGCGAGCAAUAGCAAAGCAUUCAUCAGAAUUGGCGUUAAUAAUAGUAAAUGAUAGCUUGCAGAUUAUAGUUGAAUGCUUGGAAGAUUUUGAUCCUGGAGUAAAAGAGGCAGCAGUUUGGGCAUUAGGAUAUAUUGCAAGACAUGAUAAAAAUUUAGCUCAGUUGGUAGUAGAUGCUGGAGCAGCAUCACUUCUUGUAUUGUGUUUGCAAGAACCUGAAUUAUAUAUCAAACAAAUUAGUGCAUCAGCUAUUAGCGACAUAUGCAAACACAGUGUUGAACUUGCACAAGCAUUAGUAGAUGCAGGUGCUCUUAUUAUUCUUGUGAAAAUCCUAGUCAGUCCUGAUGCCAGACCAAAGCGUCAAGCAUUGUUAGCGUUGAGCAGUGUAGCUAAACAUUCUGCAGAUUUAGCAGAGGCUGUGGUUGAGACAGAUAUUUUACCAAAUAUAUUGAUGCAUAUAGCUCAUCCGGAGAAAAAUAUCAAUAGAAUUGCAGCUAUCUUAAUUAAGGAAAUUUGUAAACACACACUUGAGUUAGCACAACUUGUAGUAAAUUCUGGAGGCAUCGCUAUACUUAUCGAAUUGAUUAAUACCUCACAAUCAGCAAGAUUACCAGCAAUCAUGGCACUUGGAUAUAUUGCUGGUCAUUCCAAUGAACUAGCUAUGGCCAUAAUAGGAUCUAAAGGUAUCGUACAUUUAACAAAUGUUUUACAAAAGAGCACAGAAGAUCAAGUUCUUGCAAUAACUGCAUGGGCAAUCGGACAGAUCGGUAAACAUACACCUGAACAUGCGAAAAUAAUCGCAGUCGCGAAUAUACCGUUCAAAUUAUUAGAGCUACAUAAUGAUGCAAAAAGUUCAGAAGAUCUCAGAGUAAAAUGUAAUAUGGCGUUGAAACAAAUCUUACAAAAGUGCAUGUAUAUGGAGGCUCUUGAACCUAUGCUACAUAAUGCACCUCCUAACAUUUUGAAAUACGUAUUAGGACAAUUCAGUAAGAUCUUACCAAAUGAUGCAAAAGCAAGAAGAUCAUUCGUAACAUCAGGUGGCUUAAAGAAAGUUCAAGAAAUUCAAGCUGUGCCUGGUACCGUUCUCUCCGAAUAUAUAACAAUCAUCAAUUGCUGUUUUCCAGAAGAAAUCAUUAGAUACUAUUCGCCCGGUUAUCCUGAUAGUCUUCUGGAAGCUGUGGAACAGUAUCAACCAAAAUGUAUAUUUUUAUUUGAUCACAGAUCGUCAUCUGAUAAUAUGGAUUCUAAUUUGUCCUCAUUUAAUAAUGACGAAAGGUAAAUUUAAAUUAUCAUA